GAAGACGGUGAAGGUAGGGUAACAAGUUUACAAUCGUUUACAAUUUUUGUGGUUAGAUUUCGUAGCAAUGGGAGGCGAAAACGUAGAAAAUAAUGUUGAAGAGCCGAUGGACGUUGAAAUCGUCCCAUCGACAAGUAAAGAGACUAAAACUGAUGAACCGAAAAAUAAUUUUUCUCAAAAAUCAUCCAACACACCAUGGAUCGAAAAAUAUCGUCCUCACUUGUUUACCGACAUCGUUGGAAAUGAGGACACAGUCUCUCGAUUGGCGGUAUUCGCUCAACACGGAAAUGCCCCAAAUAUUAUUAUUGCGGGACCACCUGGUGUGGGAAAAACCACAACAAUUCUCUGUUUAGCCCGUAUUUUAUUGGGUCCUGCUUUCAAAGAAGCUGUGCUCGAACUAAAUGCUUCGAACGAAAGAGGCAUCGAGGUUGUCAGGAAUAAAAUUAAAAUGUUCGCCCAAAAAAAGGUGAAUUUGCCGAAGGGCAAACAUAAAAUAAUAAUCCUGGAUGAGGCAGACAGUAUGACUGAUGGGGCGCAACAGGCUCUGCGAAGAACAAUGGAAAUAUUCAGUCAUACGACCAGAUUUGCCUUGGCUUGCAACAACAGUGAAAAAAUUAUCGAGCCCAUUCAAUCCAGAUGUGCCAUGUUGCGAUAUGGAAAAUUAACCGAUGCGCAAGUUUUGGCAAAAGUCAUCGAAGUCUGUACCAAGGAAAAUAUUUCUCACACAGACGAUGGGUUAGAAGCGAUAGUUUUUACAGCCCAGGGCGAUAUGAGACAGGCUCUGAAUAAUUUGCAAUCAACCCACAAUGGUUUUGGACACGUAAACAGCGAAAAUGUGUUUAAAGUGUGCGAUGAGCCGCAUCCCUUGUUAGUCAAAGAAAUGCUUGAACUUUGCACAAAGGCCGAUAUUUCCAAAGCCUUUGGUGUUUGGAUUCCUUUUGGAAACAAGCCGAAUAAACUGAAACUGGUCAAGCUCAUAUUCAGAUCCAUCAGAAGAAAGAAGCCUAGUAGACUGCUAUUGGCUGUUGAACUAGCUGCUAUCAAAAGAGAAGUGGAACAGCAGCUUCCUAUUGGUGAACUGGCCUUGGAAGAUGUGGACAACGUAUACUUGAUUGAUGAUGAAGGUAUAGGAGCUAGGGAUAUUGAACAUCAUGUACCGGAUCCCUUGGAAAACAAAAUCAGGGCACUCAAAACAUGUGCCAUCCCUGUCCUCACGUACACCUUCGGGCUCAUGAAAUGGUCUAACGCCGACCUUGAAAAGCUGAACAGAAUUGUUUGCGUAGAAAUGAAGAAGCAAGGAAUGUACCACAGAAAUUCGGCGAUUGAAAGGGAAAUUGGUGAAACGCACCUGGGAAUUGUGGAUGGUACGAGCAGUCUUUUGCAGAUGAAUAGCCUUUUAGCUCAUUUGUGUCGUAGGGCUCUAAAAACUUAA